CGUGGCUGGGGGCCUGGGAGAGGCGGCAGUCAGCAGCGCAGUGGCGGGCACCGCAGCCCCGCGGCUCUGGAACCUCCCAGGUUUGUCCUUUUGGAGGCAUCUUUUAUUUUUGUUCUAUGAAAAGUUCUGGGUGCUUCCUGAAGACUCUUGCCCAUGUGCAGGUGUCUCACACUCCUCAGGUAGUUCAGCUCACCUGUGAGUCUGAGAGCCCUGGAAGGUGAAGAGAGGAAACUAGCAAAGGAUCCAGGUAGACCUGGAAGUUCUGAAACUCAGAAAAUAAGCCAAUGCUUGAACUGAGACAUCCGCUGCCCCAGCCUCUCCAGUGCUGGGGUAAAAGGCUUGCACCACCUGGCCUUUUUGACUUCUUCUGACAUGACCACACUUGAGACUUCUGCAUGAAGUUUGAGAAGAUUCUUCUCCUGUCAUGUGGAUGGUUUUCCGGAGGAUAACUGUAACAAGAAGAAUGAAUGCUGUCCUAAAUGCUCCUCAGAGUCAGUUAACAUUCAAGGACGUGGCUGUGGACUUCUCACAGGAGGAAUGGGAAUGUCUUGACUGUGCUCAGAGGGCAUUGUACAUGGACGUGAUGUUGGAGAAUUACAACAAUCUAUUUUUUGUGGACAAUCACUGCAUGUGUCCUAAAUUUGAGAACAUGUUGGAUCAAGACCUACAGCAUAUCAUUCAUGAACAUGUAAAUAUUCCAUUGAAAUUUUAUGAAUGUCAUGAGCUUGGCAAAAUCAUCCAUGAGUCCACCGGAAGUACACCUUAUAAAACUAACCUCAGGGCUACAUCUGUUGAAUCAUCAAAUCUAAGCAGACAUGAAACUGAAAACAACAGAGAACCUUGCAAAUAUAAAAACCAUGUAAACUGUUUAAAUUUGUGCUCUACCAUUUGUCUAAAUCAAGGAAUCAACAUAGGAAAGAAAGAAUACAAUGGUGCAAAGCUUGAUAAGGUUUUUGACUCUAAAGAAACACUCAUGUUGAAACAAACCAAAAGUGGAAAGAANCCUUACAAAUGUAGUAAAUGUGCCAAAUGUUUUGCCAAGAAAUGCUGGUUUAGAAAACAUCAGACAACUCAUACAGGAGAGAAACCUUACAAAUGUAGCGAAUGUGACAAAUCCUUUACCCAGAAAGGCAGUCUUAGUGUUCAUCAGAUGUGUCAUACAGGCACGGAACCUUACAAAUGUAGUGAAUGUGCCAAAUGUUUUGCCCAGAAAUGCUGGUUUAGAAAACAUCAGAGAAUUCAUACAGGAGAGAAACCUUACAAAUGUAGUGAAUGUGGCAAAUCCUUUACCCAAAAANGCAGUCUUAGUAUUCAUCAGAUGUAUCAUACAGGCAAGAAACCUUACAAAUGUAGUGAAUGUGAAAAAUCCUUCAUUCAAGUUGGUGAUCUUAGAAGACAUCAGAGAAUUCAUACAGGAGAGAAACCUUACAAGUGUAAUGAAUGUGACAAAUGCUUUAGGUAUAAAAGCAGCCUUAGAAGUCAUCAGAGAAUUCAUAAAGGAGAGAAGCCUUACAAAUGUAAUGAGUGUGACAAAUACUUUUCCCACAAAGGCAGUCUUAGUAUUCAUCAGAGAAUUCAUACAGGAGAGAAACCUUACAAGUGUAAUGAAUGUGACAAUUUCUUUGCCCGAAAAGACAGUCUUAUUGUCCACCAGAGAGUUCAUACAGGAGAGAAACCUUACAAAUGUAAUGAAUGUGACAAAUGCUUUUCUUAUAAAGGAGAUCUUAGAAAACAUCAGAGAAUUCAUACGGGAGAAAAAACCUUACAAAUGUGAAUGUGACAUGUGCUUUACCCAAAAAUUCAAUUGUCAUCUUCAUUCGAGAAUUCAUACAGUAGAGAAGCCUUACAAAUAUAGUGAAUGUGAGAAAUGCUUUAGCCAGAAACAAUCUUACCACUUAUCAGAGAAUGCAUACAGUAGACACCUUCACAAAUGAAGUGAAUGAGAAAAAUCCAAUCCCAAGGAAGACCAUCUUAGAAUUCAUCAGAGACUACAUACAAGAGAAGGAACAUAUAGUAAAUGUUCAAAUCCUUCAGUUUUGGUUCACCAUUUAAAAUAAUGAAAGUAUGCAUUCAGG